CUGUUGUGGAUGCGGCUGUUGGGACCAGGUUAUAUAAUGUUGGCGUAUAUAGGGCUGUUGGUAGCACUUCAACAAGGGGUGCACCCAGUUCCUAUACAUGUAGUCACCCGUGUGGUGACUAUUAUUGUUGCCCUGAUAGCUACCCGCAAUGUUGCUAUAAGGAUAUUUAAAAUUGGUGUAGAUGCGCAAGUGGAUACCAGUGUGUGUCCCACCAGGCUGCUAUAUAUGCAGUUCCCCGUGUGGAUCAUACUAUUGUUGCAAGGGUAG